AUGGGUACCACCCACCACUACCACCACCACUACCACUACCACCACCACCCCCAUUCCUUUUGGAUCGACCACAAGUAUCCCAACGUUGAUUGCGACGCACUCAGGCGGUGCAUCGCGGACUCGGCCUUUUACAGCGAUCUCGAGCUGGCCGACGUGGUGCUCAAGGUUGCCGACAACACCUCGUACUCGAAGGAGGUCCGCGGGGGUCAUCAAGCCAAGAUCCUGGGCCCUCUCACGAUCCUGCGCGACAUUGUUUCGGAUGCUGACAAGAUUGAGGCCAUGGGGUAUGAGGGGAUCGAACGACACCUCGAGCCGAUGAUGGAACCCAAGGACAUUGAGGAGUGUGUAGCGCAACACACCCGCGAGAAGCUGGUCCGCCUCUUUGCCGACGGGUUCAUCCGGACUGGUCCGGGGCGUGAGAUUGUGGACCCCCUUUAUCUUGAGUUGGUUGAGUAUCUUGGACAAUGA